AUGCUUAAAGAUGGACAAGAAUAUGACGGGCGAUACGACAUAACGGUGUCCUACAGGAGUAUGCAGAACGCGGAGAAAAUGUCUAUGCCAUUUCCCAGCGUUAUACUAGCCAACCACGUGUUUGUUCGGCCUCUAAUAUCUCAAGACCUAUGCACAUUUAUCAGCACAUUCCGAAGCAAAUAUCUUCGACGGCGCAUAGGGUUCCCGGUAUCUGACAAGAAUACGCCAGAACUUCUUAACGAAUUUUUCUUAACUGUUCUUUCUUCCUACAAGUCCAUAUCGCUUACGUUCCUCUUCAUGAUUGCGGAGAUAGAGACCUUUGAGCCGGUAGGUAUCCUUUCCUUCCACCCCAUGGGUCUUGUUCUCUCGGAGGUGCCGUUCUCCAAUUGUGACCCACCUCAAGAAGUUGCUAAUAGCGCCGUCUUUUCUAAGCCACCGGACACGCCUCUAUCCGAGAGCACUGCUGGGUCAGGAGCCCCACUCGCUGGCAAGGACAUUACUCCAGCACUAAUUGAGCUCUCUCCAGAUACACCAUGUGUUGAAGUGCUCGUGACCUUUGACCAUGGGUAUAGGCGGCACGGAUACGACAAAGACAUAAUGGAGGCCGUCACCCGCUACUGCCUCCGCCAUGGUUGUGUCCCGCUGUUUGCGCACAACACCUCGUUUGACCCAAAGAAGUUCACUUCCAAAACGUCUAUGGUGCUAUUCAAAACAGAGAUAGCGUGCCGCUUUGAGGACGCUCACAAUUACUUUUUCUUGGCGUACAUACCAUCCGACAAGCAAUAG